AGCGAGCACUUGGACUGGACCGGGAUUGGGAUUGGGAACUGGACAAACCUUCACCCCAUCUCUUUAUUAAAUCAGCAGCAACAAGUAGAGGUCGACAGCGAAUCAUAAUGGAUAAUCGUUGUGUUCCUUGAAUUUUGAGACAAAAGACAUCCAACCCACAUGACUUUCAUCAUCAAAGGAAAGAAGUAUCACCAUAGUGUGAAAUUCAAUCGACGUGCAGUGGAAGAAAAGAAUGUGAACAAAAACUCUUCACCUCCAUCCCUCCCAGCAGAUUAGACCAGCUUCCAUACAGUGAUUCAUUGAAAAAUCUACCGCAAGCGCCUGGCUUUAUCAUACAGGAAUCUUCAUCAUCCAAGGCAGAUAUUGAGGCUGAGGUUGAUCAAGAUAUUAUUUACGGCUCAUCCCGACCAAUUAAGGAAGAAGAAGCAGCUUUGGUGAAUAUGAUUCCCGAUACCUUCACGGAGUAUCCCUUGCUCCGGGAUAUUCUGCAGACUCAAACUUCUCACCUCCAAGAUCAAACCAUUCAAGAAUGUCUUCCUUUUCUCUCAGGUAAGGAAGCAGGAUUAACUUAUUACCCAUAUGGGGUUCCUCAACUAAGACGAGAAAAACAUAUUCAGUUUCUUCACAAGCAGCUACAGAAGUUACCCUCGGCAUAUGUUGGUGCUGAUGCGAGCAGACCAUGGAUGUUCUACUGGGCGUUGGCUGGUCUUGCCACUUUGGGUCAAGAUAUAUCAUCAUAUCGGGAAAAAGUCAUAUCAACAUGUCGUCCCAUACAAAAUGUGACUGGAGGGUUUGGUGGCGGAAAUGGUCAGAUGUCACAUUUAGCUACCACUUAUGCAAACGUUCUAUCAAUAUCUAUGGUAGGUGGGAAGGAAGCGCUAGACAUUAUUGAUCGCAAAGCAAUGUGGAAAUGGCUAGGCAGUCUGAAGAUGUCCACUGGAGGUUUUAGAAUGGCCGUUGGUGGCGAGGAAGACAUUCGGUAAGCUUUCCGAAAGUAUGACAGAUGCAGGACGAAGUGCUGAUAAUUUUCAAAGUGGUGCAUAUUGUGCGCUCAUCCUUAUCACUCUCCUGAGCUUACCUCUCGACCUUCCCCUAGAUGCUCCCGCCAGGUCAUCAAACUAUACUACUUUUAUCGACGGACUUCCUGAAUGGAUCUCGAGAUGUACGUUUCACACACAGCAAAUCAGCUUGAGCUAACAGAAUAGGUCAAACAUUCGAAGGUGGUAUAGGUGCUCGACCAAAUGUUGAAGCACAUGGUGCAUACGCGUUCUUAGCGUUGGGUUGUUUGUGCAUCUUGGGUGAACCGCACAUCACGAUACCUCGGUAGGUCGAAAUUUCGUAGCUAAUAGUCCAACUAAUCGUAAUUCUAAUCCAUAUUUAGGUAUCUUGACGUUCCGGGCUUUAUUUCAUGGCUAUCAGCACGUCAGUAUGCGCCGGAAGGCGGCUUCUCAGGUCGUACGAAUAAGUUAGUCGACGGGUGCUACUCCCAUUGGGUUGGAGGAUGUUGGCCCUUAUUGGAAGCUUGUCUUGAAGGUCCGACGCAGCCAACCCAAAAUGGUUCAUCCUCGUCUUCCACUCCAAUAAAUCUCUAUAGCCGCGAAGGUUUGAUCAGAUACAUUCUCUGCUGCUGUCAGGAUACAGGAAACCGAGGUGGGCUAAGAGAUAAGCCCAGCCAGUAAGCAUAUUCCUUCUUACUAACUCCACAUUGGUGCUGAUCGUCUUUUACAGUCGCUCUGAUUCGUAUCAUACAUGCUAUGUCCUUGCGGGACUCAGUUCCGCACAGCAUAAAUGGCAUUUCAACACGUCUGCACAGAAAGAGGAAUUGAGUGGAAUGCUUGUUUCACCGUAUCAAUGGACAGCCGAACCUUAUGUUGAGACAACACAGAUAUAUGAUGAGGGAGAUAGAGUGGGGACUCUCCACCCAGUUUUCGUGAUACCGGAGGGCGUUGCUGAGGAGACACGGGCCUACUUCGCUGCAAAAGGGACUUUUUAGAAAGUGCCAACAUUAUGACUAUAUGGGCUAAAUGAUUACAUUAGUUCAGAGUUGGAUUAUAUGGGAUGGAAAAGUCUGCACAUAUGGAUGGCGCCAUUUUGACUCUUCAUCAGCGCCGAGGAAGGGCAUUGUAUAUCACAUGACGUACAUAAUUUAAGGUUAUCCAUUCGGCGAGAU